AUGCGUGUACUCUCCAUCUUUACCACCAUCGCUUUGAGCGCCAUUAGCUGCCGCGCUGUCGCUGUCGAUGUCUCCAUCUCUUCACAAGGGCUGGCCGUCCCGUCGGUCGGUCUCGAUAACACUUCCGUGGAAGAAACCCCUGAGUCCAAGUUAACUAUCCGUUCUGAGGAAUGCCUUGCUAUUCCGAUUCUGGAAAAUGCUUUUUCCAGUAUAAAGCCCUUAGCUCAGCAGCUCACUGUAGCAACGACCGGUCUUGAUGGGAUUACGUCGCUGCAGGAUAUCGUCUCAACCAUCAGUCAUAUCACCACCGAAAUAAGUCAGACUACCGAGGCAAUCAAAGGCCUUCCGAGCGACUCUGCGCUAUCAUGCCAUGACAUCACAUCGACUCUCUCGUCUCUCCUGCAGACUUUACUCAACGUCGUUACUUCGCUUCCUUCCAUAGCUGCUCAGCCGGGUCUUGCUUCGUCCCUGACUGCUUUGUUGAAUGACGUCAAAAACGUUCUGCAGGUUUUACCUAGCGUUGAUGAGACGCUCGCAGAUGUGGUCCGCACCGCCACUCAACUCAUCAACUUUCUUCUCAACUUAGUGGGAAGCCUCACUGGAAGCCUGUAA